UCAUUCGAACAUACGUAACAAGUUAAAUAUGUUUUUCGAAAUAAAGUUAAUAAGUCAAGUAUAUAAUAUAAUUGGUUAUGAUCAUUCGUGUUCAUAAAAGCACCGUUUUGAUCCUUCCAGAUAAAAAAACUUUCAGUUCGCGAUCAUAAAUUGAGGCCACAUAUUGAGGUCAGGAGUGCCGUCUUCAACGAAAGAUCCUCGAACUGCGUUUUUAUCACAAAACAAGGACACGUUACAAUACAUAAUUGUUCAUUUUAAUUGUUAUACUAUUACGCAGCUAUUUUUUAAUUUUUCAUUUCUCGGUACCCCUUCUUUUCACUGAUCUAUGCUUCUCCUCAUUUUAUGAUCUUUUUCUAUCUUACUUUUGACACUACUUAUUUAUCUCUCUUGCACCUAUUUCCUUUAUGUCCUCUCUCUCUAUUUCACGACAUUUCAACUUCUCUGUCCCUCUUGAUCUUUCCUGCUCUGUCGAAUCGAACUAGCCUCCCUUCCUGCAAAUUUACGUGGAUAUUUCUACUCGAGAACGGUUCCAACCUUCAGGAUGCAGGCCAUUAAGUGCGUUGUCGUAGGAGACGGAGCAGUAGGUAAAACGUGUCUCCUCAUAAGCUACACUACUAAUGCUUUUCCUGGAGAAUAUAUCCCAACUGUAUUUGACAAUUAUUCUGCGAAUGUUAUGGUGGAUGGCAAACCGAUAAAUCUUGGCCUAUGGGAUACAGCAGGCCAAGAAGAUUAUGACAGAUUAAGACCCUUGUCUUACCCUCAAACAGAUGUCUUUUUGAUCUGUUUUUCUCUCGUUAACCCGGCCAGUUUUGAAAAUGUUCGUGCUAAAUGGUAUCCGGAGGUGCGUCAUCAUUGUCCAGCUACUCCAAUUAUUUUAGUAGGAACUAAACUAGAUUUGCGUGAAGAUAAAGAAACGAUUGAGCGAUUAAAAGAUAAAAAAUUGGCACCUAUCACAUACCCUCAGGGUUUAGCAAUGGCAAAAGAGAUCGGUGCUGUGAAAUAUUUAGAAUGUUCAGCUCUAACUCAAAAAGGAUUGAAAACAGUAUUCGAUGAAGCGAUCCGUGCAGUAUUGUGUCCUGUUCUUCAAGUGAAACCAAAACGUAGAUGUUUCCUUCUGUAAUAUUAAAUGUCCAACGACGGUGGAGCAUGUGCAAGUGUACUAUCCCUCCUCCGAUCGGACUCGAUUGCAGCAGGAAAUCUAAUUUUGAUUAAAAAAACCCCUUUAUACGGUCCAUCUCUCUCCAAACAUCUGCCAUAAAAGCGCACAAAUCAAUUUUUAUAUUGCGUAUAAAAAAAUUGAGGAGAACAUAUACGCAAUUUAAGUGUUUUGGACAUUAGUUAAAUGUUCUGAAGAGAGGAAGGAAGCCAAAUGAAAACUGAACUGAUAAUGUACAGUAUAUUAGAGUGUGUUAUUAAUAUAAUUAUUA